GUGUCAUAGCCAUGGCAUAUGCGCCAUACGUUCAAGGUAUAUAAUGCUGGAGCCAGCGCAUGGUCAUGGGUCCCAUGCCCGCAUGAUAAUGACCAUGGCCAUAAACGCGACACAUGCCACAAAACCAACGGUGUCGGUGGCGUGGCAUAUUCGCGUGGCAUCUUUUUCCUUGUACGAAAUUUUCUGCCAGAGUGAGUACGGAAGGCCGAGGAUCCAGCGUCUCUGUCCAAAGCACACGAGGAACAUUAAGAAAUUUUCACCUAUGUGGCGAGGCUAGCGUUGUAAAUGUAAUUUACGCUAUCACGCGGGCUUUACCAUGGGUCAAAGCAAAUAAGAAAGGAAGAUAGCCCUUUACACGGGAUAUAUUAUUUUAAUCUCGCGGUAACUACUGUUCUUGUGUGUGUGGUGGCUCUGUUCUUUCUUCCAGGCGCUAGGUCUAGCGCUUUGGAGGAGUGUGAUUCUAGCAAGACGAUGCUGCCGCCGCCGGGAUCUGCUGUGGAUUGCUCCCGCGCCAUCUCCACCUCCCGAAAUCUGGGGCUUCGGCGCCGCUGCGCAACGCGCUCCUGAUCUCGUGGAGCCGGGAAUCCAUCCGAUCCGGCUGGGGCGCGCCGGGCAUUCCGAUCUGAUGCGUGCCGCCAGGUGCUAGAUAGAUUCUCCUCAUCGCGUCAAGAAGGGGGAGCGAAAUUUCAGGAUUGCGCGUGGAUUAGCGGCAAUGUCGGACAGUAGCAGCGGCUCGGCGUCAUGUAGCAGUGAUUCUAUCUCCGGCGGCAGCACGGAUUCCAUCUGCCUCGACUUGGGCAUGGUUCCAUGGGGAGGACAGAGUCAUCUAGUAUCAACUUCUUACGGCCCAAUUUCUGUGAUUGUUUGUGGCGACCAGGACAAACCUGGGCUUCUUACGUACCCAGACUUGGCUCUCGAUACUGCUUCUUGUUUCGAUGGAUUUUUCUCAUGCCCGGAAACGUCGUCUCUGGUGUUUCACAACUUUUGCAUUUAUCAUAUUGAGGCUCCGGGUCACGAGGUCGGUGCUCCUGCGGUGCCAUCCAACGCACGCCUUCUUUCGGUGGAUGACUUGGCAGAUCAAGUUGCCGAAGUCUGCGACUAUUUUGCGUUGCAAGAGGUGAUAUGCUUGGGCGUAGCGGCUGGUGCGUAUAUCCUCUCGUUGUUUGCGAUGAAGUACCGGGAGCGUGUGCUUGGCCUUGUUCUGGUCUCACCAAUCUGCCGAGCUCCAAGCUGGUCAGAGUGGCUAUACGACAAGGCGGUCAUCAAUUUGCUCUAUUUCAUGGGAAUGUGUUCAUUCGUUCGGGACAGUCUUUUAGAAAGAUAUCUUAGUCCAGAUACUUUAGCGUCCGGAGAGUCGGGAGCCCUUGCAAGAUAUCAGAAGGUUUUAGAUGACAGACAAAGCAGGAACGUCAUGCAUUUCUGGCAAUCGCUCCACAGGAGAAAGGACCUGACGGCGGGGCUGAUGAAUCUCAAGUGCCGGACGCUCGUGUUUGUGGGGGAGCACUCACCGUUUUACAACGAGGCGGUCUACGUGAACUCUCAAAUGCCAUCGACGUCCACGGCGCUAGUGGCGGUCCAAGAGGCUGGCACGCUAGUGACGGAAGAACAGCCACUGUCGAUGCUAGUCCCCAUGGAGUACUUUUUGAAGAGCUUUGGGUUUGGCAAGCCGCCGUCGACGAGCCAGAACUCGUCCCCGCCGACGAGCCCGCUCAGCUUGCUGCCUUGCAUUUCCCCGGAGCUGCUUUCUCCCGAGAGUCUUGGCCUCAAGCUCAAGCCCAUCAAAACCAAAGCUCCAGUCGAUGAUUAGAUUCGUGGCUCCUCCUCGCCAUCGCCAUUUAUCCCGGUGUUCAUCACUCCGGCCAUUUCUUCCUCAUUCCUCUUUUCUUUUCUUGUACAAGAUUGUCUGUGCUCCUCUCCCAUUCCUUUUUUUUUUCCUCUCUCUCUCUCUCUUUUUCUUCCUUGACGAGAGUUGUUUGUUAUUACGCGGCGGCUUAUUAUUGUUCAGGAAUAAUUGUGGCACAAUUUUUUUGGGGAAGGAUUCUUAUGAUUCCUGUAAAAAAUAAAAACACAGCUCCAAAGUUG